GUGACCCCGGGAAGCAAAGCUGCAGACGCUGACCUCUGUAUUGGGGAUGUGGUGAUCUCCAUUGAUGGACAAAGCACAGAUGGAAUGACUCAUUUAGAGGCUCAGAAUAAGAUCAAAGGCUGCGAGGACAAUUUAUCACUCACAAUAAACCGGUCUGAUUCUAAAAUUUGGUCCCCUAUAGUAAAUGAAGAUGGAAAACCAAACCCAUACAAGAUGAAUUUGGCAGCUAACCCCCAGGAAGUAAAACACAUAGGAGCUGCACAUAACCGAAGUGCUUUGCCGUUCAAUGCCGCUCAAGCUUCCAACACCCCCAAAGUCAUCACUGCCCAGUACAACAGCCCUGCAGGCCUCUAUUCCUCUGAGAACAUAGAAAGCUUCAAUAGUACGCUGGAGACCAAGUCCUCCUCUGGUGCCCAAGUGCCAACUCAAGCUGCGGAGCGAACACAACCAGCAAACAGCCGAGCUAUUGACAAAGACUCAGAAGUGUACAAGAUGCUGCAGGAGAACCAGGACUCAGGAGAGCCCCCGCGACAGUCGGCUUCUUUCCUGGUUUUACAGGAAAUUUUAGAGACUGAUGAGAAAGGAGAGAAGCCCUCUGGGUUCAGGAGUGUCCGGCCUCCCACAAGCAAAGUGGCAGCAUCAGUGGGCAGUGGGCAGAAGCUGCCGAUCUGUGACCACUGUGGAUCUGGCAUUGUGGGAGCGUUUGUGAAGAUUCGUGAUAAACCUCGUCACCCAGACUGCUACGUGUGCACUGACUGUGGUACAAACCUCAAACAAAAAGGACACUUCUUUGUGGAGGAGCGGAUGUACUGUGAGAAGCAUGCUCGGGAACGCAUGGCACCGCCUGAGGGAUACGACGUAGUCACCGUCUUCCCCAAAUAAACACAUAGCAUUUUCUUUUUUUAUUUUCUCUAAAUCUGAUGGAGUGAAAAACAUUUUAUUGGCUGAUUAUAGAGAUGAGUUCUGUGUUAGCAGAAAAAGAAAGAAAAAAUAACUUUUCUGUGGAAGUGUUUGUAAAAUGAUCAUUUCAUAACAUUUUAUAAUUUGUCUUUUUAUUGCUCCUCACAAUGAAAACCACUGGUUCAGAUAACUGUGGCAUGUUCUUUCCUGAAACUGGAGAUGUAGAAACCAGAAAAAAAAUACAAUGUGAUGAUUUUAAAUAGGAUUUAUAUAAAGUCUCCCAAAUAGAAACAACAUGUUAUGUAUAAAGGUAUUUUAAACAAUCGGUGACAGAGAUGGCUUAUUGCUAAACUAAUCAGUAGCUAGAAGAUAGCGUGUGACUGGGGCAGCGCUAUACAAAUAAAUGAUAAUAAUGCUCAGUAACAGAACAAGAGUCCUGACGUUCUGGGGGUGAAUAACUCGGGCUACCCAGGCACUCAUCUACUUGAGCACAUCUGGCAUUUUCUCUGCUGGUUUGUGGGGCAUGCGGUGUCACUGGCUGCUGAAUCAGUUUGCAGUUAGCGCUGCCGCAGGUUACAGGGCUUGUGAGUAUUAAAACAUGGGGAACUGCUCCUUCAUGUUUAUUUUGCAUGUGUUAUUGCUCAUUAAAACACCACCUAUUGUUAUCAAGGAUGCGCCCAUUAAAAUAGGAGGAACCUGCAGAAAGAACAGACCUGCUCACAGGGGUGUAACUGUAUAUAUCGGCACCAGGGCAAAGCCUGUGUUGGGCCCCCCCUUUUAUGGAUAAUAAUCAGCAGAAGCUGAGCCAGCAGCUGCAUAGGAGUAACAAGACCUCCUUCACUGGUUAGUCCUCAUCAGAAGGUUCCUGUACAAACAUGGCAGCAGGAUUAGUCCUCAUCAGAAGGUUCCUGUACAAACAUGGCAGCAGGAUUAGUCCUCAUCAGAAGGUUCCUGUACAAACAUGGCAGCAGGAUUUCCACUAAUAAUUACAAGGCCAGAUGGGCCCCUAUGGGUGCGUGCGCAGUCUCAGUUGAGACACCCGGCCUGCUCAUGUUAUUGCAUUCUGUACACGCAGUCUAAUACCAUUGAAAUGCUAAUUAAAGGGAUAGGCUAGUCAUGAUUCAGAGAGAGCAGCAAUUUUAAGCAAUUUUCUAAUUUACUCCUAUUAUCAAUUUCUCUUUGUUCUCUUGGUAUCUUUAUUUGAAAAAUCAGUAUUGUACGCAUAGGAGCCAGCCCAUUUUUGGUUCAGAACCUGGGUAGCACUUUCUGAUUGGUGUCUAAAAGUUUACAUUCAAAUAAAGAGAACUUACAAAAUUUGAUAAUAGGAGUAAAUUAGAAAGUUGCUUAAAAUUGCAUGCUCUAUCUGAAUCAUUAAAGUUUAUUUUUAACUAGACUGUCCCUUUAAGGCUGGGGAUGUUCGAUUAACAAAACCAGCUAUUUAUCCCCUUCGUUACCAGGAAUUUCAGAGAAAAACUUACCCAUAAUACUACAGAAUGUUUAGCAUUUUUGCUAUCACCCCAUUUAAACAGAAAUAGAGCCUUGUUUUAUGUUAAAUUAACACCCAAUGUAUUGAUCUAGUCCCAUUUAGGUAUAUUUCAUGCCACUGUUUAGCUGACAAAUGCGAUCAUUUUAAACAAUAAAUAAAUUGUUAAUUUUUUUUUUUACAAA